AAGUUUUCUUUUGUAUCUUUUGUUAUGCAAAUGAGCCUAUUUUCAGUUUCAUCUGACCUUGGGUUUUAACAAUCGAUCGAAUGAAGAGAGAUCGAUUAUUGUAGUAGAGUCUCAGGCUCUCAUCUCUCAGUUUUGUGUUAGUCUUGGCGCAGUCAAGUCCACCACAGGAACGUGGCUGUCCGCCUCUGUAACGAGUUAAAGUUAAGUGUUGUUCUAUCAAGUUUUUGUUUCUUCCUGGUGUACCAUGUGCAAAUUAGACGAAUGCUGUUGUGGCUGUUCACUCCGGACCGGUACCAUAGCAGCUGGCGUCCUCUCAUUGGCAACUUCAGUUGGAGUCAUCAUUGGAAGAACAGAAAACACCUUAUUUUUCCGAAUGAUUUCGCUUAUGGACGAUAAUCUGGAUUAUUAUUUAUGGAUCGGUUGGUCGAUGUUGUCGAUGUUUACCACCGUUCUUGUUCUGUUGUCCACUUGGAAGAACCGUAUGCGCUGGCUGCUGUUGCCCUGGCUCGUGAUGCAAAUUGCGUCGUUGAUGGCUUUGUGUUCGGGGGUGCUAUAUUUGGGUGUCAUACUCAUAACAGUAUAUGAUCCAUUAGUGACCCUUAUCUGCAUAUUUUACGUAUGUGUCGGUGGUGUUGUAGCAGUCGUAGGAUUCUACUUCUGGCUGGUGGUCCUUAGUUACUAUCGAAAACUGAAGGUUCAGGCGAUGAUGGAACAACAGGAAACAGGCGAGAAAGGUGCAGAGAUCAGUUACAUGAUUGAUUAAGUCAUUUUUCUCUCAGUGGCAAAUGGAGUAUGCGGGUCAAGAUUUAGAGGAUUGUCUUAUGUGUACGUUCUUUAUGUGGCAGUGUUCUGCUCUUUUGUAGGUUUUCCGAGAGGGAUUGAUACUUGAUUCACUGCUUUUUCAAUUUUGUGCUAUACUUGGUUGUGUCUGUGCUCUGUGGUUGCAUCACAAUCACCGCUGAUAAUUCUUUACUGAUAAAAAUUUGAGUUAUACGUCAGUUUUGUAAGUGGGAGGAAAUUGUUUGCAAGUUUAUGGCCGAAAGGCUUAUUCAGAUUUUGUAGAGUUUUUUUCAGAUUUUCCGCGAGUCGAAAUGUGAUCGUGAAUCCAACAUAAAA